GAGUCAUUGCUCUGCCAGUGGUUCGCACCAAAAGGCAGUUUUAGUUCGUUUUUAUACAGUCUAUUUUCCGGUUCUUAUGGUUGCUCGUUCUGAUUUGCUGGUGUACUCUGCGAUUUUAGCAAGCGGGGCCGAGCAGUUGCUCGGGGGUCGCUUCCACCUCCUGGUGGGAGUUGAUAAGGGUCUGCUGUGGUCUUUCUCAGCACGUCCUCUGGUAUUGUUCUGUCUCUGUGGUCUUGUGGGGGCUGCUCUUGGUUUACUCAACAGGAAGAGGUGCUAACGAGUAACCCUUUGCACUCAGCGUCUGUAAGCACUUACUGAGCAGGAUUUGAUAACAAAGCACGUUCCAAUACAGGGAGGGAGUGGGGUGGCCCAUGCAGUGCCCUGGGGGGACAGACCCCGCUCUCCCCGGGCAGGGGUCCCUCUUGGGGAGCCGCAGCCCCGGGGCUAUGGGGACUGAGCGUGUCCCAGCGGGAUUGUGCAAACUCCCCGCUCUGGGAGCUGAACUCGGGCCGUAUCUCCGCGCUGCACUUUGCACCCCGGCUGCGGUGACCUCACGCCGGCUCCCUGGGCCGCGUUUAAAGUCCAGGCAGAGCGGUGCCACUGCCUCCUACACUGAGCAGCUCAUCCCCACCGCUCACCCCUGUGCCUGCCCCGGGGCUCCGGGAGCGGGCUCAGCAUGCGGCUGCUGCUGGAGGCAGCGCUCCUGUGCCUGACCCUGCGCCUGGGGCACUGCUCCGAGGAGGCAGCGCCCGACAGCACCGGCCAACAGGACACCCAGGCACAGUCAUCCUAUUCCGAAUGGGGCAUCGAGACCAUCCGGGAUGGCUUUGAGACGGUGAACAGCUACUUCGAUUCCUUCUUGGAACUGCUUGGGGGAAAAAACGGAGUGUGUCAGUACCGCUGUCGAUACGGGAAGGCUCCCAUGCCACGGCCUCACUACAAACCCCAAGAACCCAACGGCUGUAGCUCCCAUUUUCUGGGGCUCAAGCUAGACUUGGGCAUCCCUGCCAUGACCAAGUGCUGUAACCAGCUGGACAUUUGUUAUGACACCUGUGGGGCCAACAAGUACCGCUGUGACGCCAAGUUCCGCUGGUGCCUCCACUCCAUCUGCUCCGACCUCAAGCGCAGCCUGGGCUUCGUCUCCAAGGUGCAAGCCUGUGAAUCCAUGGCAGACACGGUGUUCAACGCCGUCUGGACCCUGGGCUGCCGGCCCUUCAUGAACAGCCAGAGGAGCGCCUGCAUUUGCAGCGAGGAAGAGCGGGAUGAGCUGUGAGGAAGAGCAGCCGCCCGGUGUCCGUGAGCCGCUGCCAGCGCCCCUCUCCAGCACAGUGACUCCUGUCAGCCCUCGGGAUGAGGGACCCGGGCCAAGGCAGCAUCCACGAUGCUCUGGGCAGGGCAGAGCAGAGCCAGCCCACGAACAGAGGGCAGCUGCAGCUCAACAGCCCCACUGCCCCUUCCCAAGCUGGCAGGAUCCCAUGCCAGUUCUCUCCACGGACCGAGCAGGAGAGGCAAGCAGGAUGCAGUGCUGGUUAUCAACACAGGACUUACCUUAAAUACACACUCUUACCUCCCCCCACCCUGUACCUCUCUCAUUUGCAGUGCAAGGCAUUAGGUUUCUGCAAUUCCCAGUCCGUGGACGUGCUAUUUACAUUUUUGCACUGCCGGUGACAGACUGAAGAGGGGUAAUUUGCUUUCAGUACAUUGCUCACAUCCAUCCCUGACACUUGCCAUCCUGUCAUUACACACCCUGAUGCCCCUGCAUAUUUAAAUACUUGGUGGAUCCUAAACUGAUUGAAGACAUCUGGAGAUUUCUCAAGCAUGAGUAAAGGAGAAGGGCUUGAGGUGUUUGUGGUACACAACUGAUAUUUGGGACCAAAGCCCACCAUUUAUUAGAUGUGAAACCACAGCCCUCUCCCCCAGUCUCAGGAGAGGAAGCCACUUUUCUUUGCCAGUCAUCCACAUCUAUUUAAUUACUUUUCUCCUGUAGCAUUGAACAAAGCUUUGCCCUUAGGAUCCCUUUUUACACAAAAUGGCUGGGUAUCCACCUCCAUCUCUUUCACAAAGGAAACAGGAGGCUCAAGUGGCCUUGGAUGAGAUACUGCAAAUUCUGGAGUCUUAUCUGUCAGGUGACAGGAUUUACGUGCUACCUCUGUGGGGCUGCUAUCAGCAGCCUCAGACACCAUCCCUUCUAAAACGUGGUUAAUACUCCCAUCUGUUAUGGGGAGCUUUUGUUGCAUGCAAAACCAGAAUUUAAAGUGGUGCAUGGCAUUCUGCCUCCACAGAACACUGGCAAACAGCUUUCAGCUGGGUUUCUUGUUGGAAGGAAGUUGCUACUGGGUGUGCUCGUGCCGUGCCAUGUAAAUAUUUCAGCGGCUCCUGCAAAUAUAUUUAUAGUUAUGUUCUUCCAUCUGCCACAGAGAAGUUAAGGCUGCAAAAGGGUUGAUUUAACAAGAGUGGAAAGAGUCUGUCUUGGUUGCUUUUCUUCCAGUUUAAAUGGAUUUAAAAUGUAUGCAUGGAGCUAUAAAUUAUUUAAGCCCUGUAUUCCUGCUCCUGCCAGUCACCUUUGCCUUGCAGUGAACAGCAACGAGACCUUCAGCCGGCCCCAAGUGGGCUGGGACUGCAAGAGCCCCCUGGUAUCCAGACCAGGAAAAUGGAAGUGACUGCAUGGGGUGUACUGGGAUGUUUUCCACCACAGAGGACUUCAACACUGAUCAGAUGUAAUGAUAGCCUUUCCCAGCUGGGCUAAUGCCACUGGAGAGGGAAUUCUGCAUUGCUGAGGUUAACUGCUCUGUCAGAGCAUGAGGCUGGACAGACAACCUUGAUUAUCCAGAUAAGAAACAAAAUCUUCCUUUUGGAUAGGGAUGGGAAGGAAACAUUGCUCAUUCCAGACACUUCCAAACUUUGUGUUUUGUUGAUAAAAUGGUGCCUGUGGCCAGUUUAAAUGUGAACAUACUCUUAUGGUUAAAUGAAAAAAAAAAAGACAUUAAAAUAGCUAUAUUGUCCAUGUUCAAUAGCCCACUGGAUGGUAAAUAUUUUAAAGUAUUUUAUAGUUCAAGUGAUAUCAGAUUAAAGUGAAGUUCUGGCAGGUGAUGACAAACACUGGAGAGAUCAAAGGGUUCUGAAUAAAAUCUCUGUACCUAGACACUGAUGCGCUGGAGACGUCGCUAACAUAAACCAUAAUCUCUCCCUGCUUUCAGACCACCAUUCAUCCCAAAACCCUAGAGACUGCAGCAAGCUGGCCAGCUGCUGAAUAAGUUCCUUUUUCACUGUGGUAAUCUGAAAAACUCCACCAGCACCUCCACAAGGAAAUAUCUGAACUUUCAAGUGGUGGCAGUGACUCCGGCAAAGCACCAGAUAAUCCUAGUAGGAGCAAACCAGCGCAUGAACUCCAGUAAAACUGCAUCCUAACUAAAAACUGCUUCCCCUCCCUGCCACUCCUGCUAUCCAGUGAUGUACAGCCAUGGAAGCAGCUGAUCACAGGAUUCUCCAGGUUGCUGCACAAACCUUGGGUCAUCUUCAAUUCCAUCCCAAGGCUUUCUCUUGACUUUGUGCAUUGGCAGGAUUGUUUUCAGCUGCAGAGUGGAAAAGCUGCUUCACAUGAAUUUGUCAGGAAGAACCGAGUUAUGUGCACAAUAACUGAAAUAAGCCAGGAAGGGAACUUCUCCCUCCAUCCCUGCCCCCACAUCCCUUCCAUAUGAACAAACAAGACCAGCUGAUUCUCCAGGAGGCACCAGAUAAUUAAUUUCAUUUCCCAGCUCUUGUUUUAUCAAAACAAAUAAAUUUAGCAGGGGUUGCCUGAACAAAGAAGUGACAGUGGGAAACUGCCCCUGUGGUCCUAAUGCAGAUGUGAAUCAGCAGAACAGCAAUCCCAGGAGAAGCUUUUUUCCUUUCUUUUUCUUUCACAUAUGUUAUAUAACACAUGAAUAGUGUCUUUCCAUUUAUACCUACUUAUCGUCAUAGAAAUAUUUUUGUUUACUCUAACACACACACACAUGUAUUUCCAAGAUUGGAAAAGCAGCCAUGAAGCUAUUUAGAAAAAUUAUUAAACUCUCAGCCAUUAAAUGUUCAUUCCUCACUGGAAUCUCACUUGCCAGAACAAAUAA